UAAAUAACAAUUAACAUUUUAACAGAGUUGAAUCAUAUUCAUGGGCACAACCACAACCAUGGCGGUCCCAUCCUCUUCUCUCACAAUCAACAACAUUCAUUCUUAUAUAUAAACACAACACAACGAGACGAUACGAGGGAAAUUCGCAUCUAUCAUUGUAUUUGCCUUUGCACAUCAUCAACCACACUCAAUCUCUUGCUUCAUUCCCAAACCUCUUAUUCCCCUCAAGUUUCUACAAAGCUAACCUUUUUUAUCAUCAUCACUUCCAAAAGAGGAAGAUAAAAAGCCUUUCUUAGCUUCAACAAAAUGCGAUCCCCUUCUUGUAAGAUUCCCACUUCCUUUCCACCCCUUCUUUUUCAAUUCCGAUGCUUAUUUUCUCUUUUUAAGUCAUUCUGUGACUAAAGGUGCUCGCUUUUUGUUCUCUUGUUCCGUUUUUUUCAUCUGGAAUUUCUGAAGGUUAUUUACUUAGUCUAGAGGUUCGUUUAGAGACAGAGAAUCUAGAAUUUCCUUGAAGUGUGGUAGUGAAUUGUGGUAUUUAAAGAUGGGGGAUCACUUUGAGUUGCUGGUUGAUCGAUUGCUUACUGAGUCCACAUUAGAAGCUGCACUUGAGAGCAGAAAUAGGUCAAUACUGGCUGCAUCCUCUGCGGUGAAUGAUGCAAAAAUUGAUCUCAACUUGAUGAAGAUGGGAGUGGAUGAUAUCAAAUUUCUAGGGAAGGUGGUAGAAUGCAGGAUAUGUCAUGAUGAUGAUCAAGAUUCCAAUAUGGAGACACCCUGCUCUUGUUGUGGUAGUUUGAAGCUUUUACUGAUUUUUUUGCAGUACGCCCACCGCAGAUGUAUACAACGAUGGUGUAAUGAGAAGGGAGACACCACCUGUGAGAUAUGCCACCAGCAAUUCAAGCCUGGUUAUACUGCUCCUCCACCACUAUUUCAGUUUGGACGUAUUCCAAUGAGUUUUAGGGGAAAUUGGGAGAUUUCAAGAAGAGACUUGAAUAGUACUCAUUUGGUUAGCAUGGUCCCCACUGAUCAGAACCUUACCACUUCUAACUAUGAUCAGUAUUCAGCCUCUGCUACUGGAAGUUUGAUUUGCUGUCGUUCAAUUGCUGUCAUUUUCAUGGUUCUUCUGAUUUUAAGACAUACACUUCCCCUUGUAAUCAGUGGAAAUAAGGAGUAUUCUUUCCCACUCUUUUUGCUGUUGUUAUUUCGGAUUGCGGGAGUUGUUCUUCCUAUAUACUUCAUGGUUAGAGCAGUGGCAUUAAUCCAGCGGCAUCGGAGACAACAUCAAGAGCAUCUUAAUGCCUCGGCCAGUUCGUCUGACGAUGAAAGCGAGCAAGCAGAUUUGCAGCCUCAGCCUCAGCCUCAUGUCAUACGUGUACUGUAAAAAUACAGUAGCCAGUAGCCACCUGAAGUAAAUGAAUUAUGAAAAGCUCUUGCCUUGAGAUGCUGCACUUUGUCUUCUGAUUUUUUAUGUAUAUUAGAUGGGGACAACUUCCCUGAGAACCUCGAGUUUGCUAAGGGAUGGGAACACUGAAAUUCAGAUGUGCAACAGUUGUUGUAGCUCUCAUAAGAAGAAGCAUUGCAUGACACUUGUGUUACCAAGUCCCUCUGCUGUAGCUACUCUUCGGGAAGUCUUGGCAGCAGCAAGUUAUACAUUUACAUUUCUGUUUCUGCUUACUAAUUGAAAUUGUUCAGAUGUAUAGAUAGAAAUUUAUAUUUAUAUAGAGAAAAUUACAUGGGUAGAUAUAAAAAAUGGAUGACUUGUAUAUAUUGCAAUGAAAGUUAGGUAGGGUACUUUUGGGGCAUUAAUUUCACUAUAGGAUGCUUCUUCUAUCUUCUUUUGAGUUUCGUAUUACUUGUAUGGCCAGGUCAUUAAUUAAUGAAAAGCCAUAGAAAGGGACAUUGUAUAUGCAGUGAUAUUCUCUUGGCAUCCUUGUCAGUCACUAGUUGAAACUCAUGAUCCAGGGUCUAGAUAUGCAUGAUUGCAUGUCUCACUCUUUUUUCAA